AUGACCUCUUCAUAUAGCCACCUAGACGACUAUAUCAUAAUCAGGACCUUAGGACGUGGGAUCACAGCCAAAGUCAAGCUUGUCCAAAACUCAAAAACUCAGCUGCUAUAUGCAGCCAAAAUUAUCAAAACUCACACUGAAGCUUCAUCAAGCCGCCUCCGAGAAGCUCUUCUCAAUGAAGUAAACAGUCUUUCACGAAUCCAGCACCCAAAUGUCGUGACCAUUGUAAGUGCUUCCACAUCUGGGGUAUAUGUAAAAAAGAAUGAAGGAGGAAUUUAUGAGUGCAUGUAUAUAGUGGAAGAAUUGUGCAUAAAUGGAGAGCUAUUUGAUAUAAUUAAUAGAACUGGAGCCUUCAAUGAAAAUGUGGCGAGGUUUUAUUUUCAUCAGCUUAUAGCAGGCUUAGAAUGUUGCCAUAAUUCAGGGAUAACGCAUAGAGAUUUAAAAGCAGAAAAUAUAUUAUUUGACCCGAAUUUUAAUUUAAAAAUUUCAGAUUUCGGCUUUUCAGCGUCAAUACUUGGCCGAGAUGGGUUUUUAAAAACAAAAGGAAAAAAUGAGCUGUAUAUGGCUCCCGAAAUGCUUACGUCGCAGCCUUAUCAAGGCCCUGGCGUUGACAUUUUCGCUGCUGGUGUAAUAUUAUUUAUAAUGACAUCCAAAGAUCCUCCUUUUCAAAGAGCUGUCGCAAGUGAUCCGCACUACAAGCACUUAAUAAGAAAAGAGCAAAGAUUUUGGCAGCUCCACAAAAAGCAUCAAUAUUCAGACGAGCUUAAAUCAUUAUUAGAAGGGAUGCUUGCUUAUAUUACAAACUACUAUAAAUUUUUAUUUAUUUUUUUAAAAUAAAAAAAAAUAAAAAAUUACCUUAAAUAGGAUAAUCCUAUAGAAAGAUUUACUUUACUAGAAAUAAAAUGCCACCCAUGGUUUUUAGGAGCCUGUGCAGACACUCAAGAUAUUUCACAAGAACUAAGCGAAAGGCGAAGGCACAGUCUUGAAGUAGCUGAAAGAGCCCGAGACCUCAGGAUGAAAUCUGGAAGUGGCUCAGGAAUUGUGUUUAAUGGCAGCCGGUUUUAUAGAGGCGAUUUAAGCGAAAGUGAAGGCCUUUCUUUGUCCUUUACAAUCCCUCCAGAUGCUUUAGACGUCAUAAAAAUCCCAGAAAAUUUCAACGCAGUAGAAAAAUAUUCACAAAUUUUGACAGGGCUGCUGCCAAAUGAAGUAAUGCUGAUAAUUUCUCAUACAUUGGCAAGUUAUGAGCCAGAAUGUGAGACGUCACAGGAUUCUUAUGAUGUAAAGGUCAGCAUUAUUACAGAAACGGACUCUUUGCUGUUCAAAAUAACAUUACAUGAAUGUCCGAACGACUUGUAUUUGGUUAAUUUUAAGCAGGAAGAAGGAAAUCAGUUUGAUUUUAUGUCGAUUAUUAGCACAAUAGUUGAAAAUGUGGAGGCUGCAAAUGAAAACUAA